GUCAGGGCGCGCGCCGGGGGUGGUGCUGGACGGCGGGGCUAGCCAGGGACGCCGAGUGCUCCGGGCCCUCGGACUCCCGAAGGGGGUGCCACUCAGUGUUCUGUUUCGAGACUCGGCGAGGGCCGCGUGGCGUGGCAGUUGUCACGGCCUCGAGACCCGGCCCUCGCGACGGUUGCGGGAGACGGGGGGAGGGGACGGCGAACGUUAAUUCUAUUGGUGGAGGUUGGCUACUCGGUGAGGUGCAGAGAGGUACACCAGGGGUUGGAAAAACCACGCUAGGCAAAGAACUUGCAUCAAGAUCAGGACUGAAAUACAUUAAUGUGGGUGAUUUAGCUCGCGAAGUCUGAUCACCGGAUAUCAUGGAGUCUGGCAAGAUGGCUUCUCCCAAGAGCAUGCCGAAAGAUGCACAGAUGAUGGCACAAAUCCUGAAGGAUAUGGGGAUUACAGAAUAUGAGCCAAGAGUUAUAAAUCAGAUGUUGGAGUUUGCCUUCCGAUAUGUCACCACAAUUCUAGAUGAUGCAAAAAUUUAUUCAAGUCAUGCUAAGAAAGCUACUGUUGAUGCAGAUGAUGUGCGAUUGGCAAUCCAGUGUCGUGCUGACCAGUCUUUUACCUCUCCUCCCCCAAGAGAUUUUUUAUUAGAUAUUGCAAGGCAAAGAAAUCAAACCCCUCUGCCAUUGAUCAAGCCAUAUUCAGGCCCUAGAUUGCCACCUGAUAGAUAUUGUUUGACUGCUCCAAAUUACAGACUUAAGUCUUUACAAAAAAAGGCAUCUACUUCUGCGGGAAGAAUAACGGUUCCACGGUUAAGUGUUGGUUCAGUUACUAGCAGACCAAGUACUCCCACACUUGGCACACCAACCCCACAAACCAUGUCUGUUUCAACGAAAGUAGGGACUCCAGUGUCCCUAACAGGGCAAAGGUUUACAGUACAGAUGCCCACUUCACAGUCCCCAGCUGUAAAAGCAUCAAUUCCUGCAACAUCAACAGUUCAGAAUGUUCUAAUUAAUCCAUCAUUAAUUGGGUCAAAAAACAUUCUUAUUACCACUAACAUGGUGUCAUCACAAAAUACUGCCAGUGAAUCAUCAAGUGCAUUGAAAAGAAAACGUGAAGAUGAUGAUGAUGACGAUGACGAUGAUGACGAUGACUAUGAUAAUUUGUAACCUAGCCUUGAUGCAUGUAACAUGUAUACUUGGUUUUGAAUCCAUUGUACUGAGAUUAAACAUGCAUGCUGGAUGUUUCCAAGUUGUUUUAGAAAAAUAGUAUUUAAUGAGUAAAUAUGGCUAUCAUUUUUCAAUUGAGAUGUUGUAUUGGACUUUCUUUAGUAGGACUAGUAAUGGUUUUUUGUCAGCCUUUAAGUGUAAAAAAUAAAGUUGUAAUUCAUCAGUUUGAUUGUUGGUACUUUGGCAAUUAUGUUUUUAGAAGCAGUUUUCUGCCUCAUUAUGACCAACAGUUAACAAAAACUUGAAGUUGUUACAGUCUAUUCAUUACCCACUAGAGUGUCAUUUCUAGUGUCUUCAGAUCAUAGUAUGAUUCCUGCUGUAUAAGUCACUCUUAAGGGCCAUGCUUUCAGAUUGCUGAAGUGUAACUAUGCCUGCUUUUUGGAGGGAUCACUUGGUCAUGAUUUUUAUUCAUAGUGGGUCCUUAUCUGUUUAGAUUUAUCUUCCUCAAUUGCCAGACUUCUUCUUAGGUCCCAUUUUUCUAUCCCUUUGGUUAUAUUUAAGGACCCUUGGUGUAUUUCCCAGUGUCAAAAAUUCAAAAAAAUUUUUUUUCCAGUAUCCCUUUUGCAGGUCGAUUUUGUGCCUCUUUGCUUGUCAGUCUUAAUACUAUAUGCCAGUAUCAUGCUUACACUUUUAAUCCAGGUUUAGCAUUUAAGUUAUUGUUAAUAAAACUUACAACUGUG